GACAACUCUGAUUAUCGCGGACUUCAUCCCGGCCCCGGCCCGGCCCGGCCAGGCCAGACGCCUCCCCGCGCGUUCCUCUACUCCGAUAGGUGAUGACGUAUACGGCGACGGUGGCGGUUGUCUCGCCACCGUACUCGUCCAUGCUCGUCCCUCGUCGGUCAGUACGUCGACACGGUCCGUGUGAUUCGCGCAUGGAUGCACGCGAAUCUCUAGCGUUCUUUCUUUCUCUCUCGCUCGCUUUCUUCCCUCCUCAACGACUGCAUCAAUCGUGCGGAGUAUCCCGCGUAGAAUGACUGAUUCUGAAAUCGAGAUGCAUUACACACCACCGACAUCGGACACCAUUCUCACGAAACCGUUCCCGAUCCGAGGUGAACGUGCAAAUUUCGUGAACAAGCCUCAUGUGAUCGCGAUGGUCGGCUUGCCAGCUCGCGGCAAGACUUACAUAUCCAAGAAAUUGUGCCGAUACCUCAAUUGGAUCGGCAUCAGCACGAAAGUCUUCAAUCUGGGAGAAUACAGGCGACACGCCACCACGGCCUAUCAAUGCCAUGACUUUUUCCGUCCCGAUAACAUAAAGGCCAUGGCGAUACGGACGCAGUGCGCGAAGGACGCUUUGAACGAUGUUUGCCAGUGGUUGGAGAGCGGCGAUGGUGAAGUGGCCGUUUUUGACGCCACCAACUCCACAGUCGAAAGACGCCAGCUUAUACGCGACAUCGUUGUCCAUAAAAUGGGCUUCAAGCUCUUCUUCGUCGAGUCGGUAUGCAACGAUCCAGAGAUCGUCGAGCAGAACAUUAUGGAAGUGAAGGUCAGCAGUCCGGAUUACGCGAACAUGAAGAAGGAGGAUGUGCUCGCGGAUUUUAUGCUGCGAAUCGAGCACUACCAGGAGCGGUAUGAGCCAUUAGACGAGGAGCGUGAGAGCGAUCUGUCGUUUAUGAAAAUAUACAACACCGGCGAGAAGGUGCUGGUCCAUAAGCACGAAGGCCACAUACAAAGUAGAAUAGUUUACUAUCUUAUGAACAUUCAUAUUGUGCCACGCACGAUUUACUUGACCAGGCAUGGUGAGAGCCUGAUGAACCUCGAAGGCAGGAUAGGCGGCGAUUCGGACUUGACCGAGCGGGGAUACGAAUAUAGCAAGGCAUUGGCAGAGUACAUCACCAGUCAGAACAUACAGGGUUUAAGAGUUUGGACUAGCUGGCUGAAGAGAACUAUUCAGACUGCAACUGAUGUAGAAGCACCACAAGAAAGGUGGAAGGCUCUCAAUGAGAUUGAUGCUGGUAUUUGCGAGGAAAUGACUUACGAAGAAAUUGCCGAGAAAUAUCCAACUGAUUUCGCUGCCAGAGAUCAAAACAAGUUCUCAUAUCGAUAUCCAAGAGGAGAGAGUUAUGAAGAUCUUGUUGCGCGGCUGGAGCCUGUGAUAAUGGAAUUGGAACGUCAGGGUAAUGUUUUAGUUGUAAGUCAUCAAGCCGUUUUACGGUGUUUGCUGGCUUAUUUCCUGGACAAAAGCGCAGACGAGUUACCGUAUUUAGAAGUACCUUUGCACACUAUCAUGAAAUUAACACCAGUCGCUUACGGUUGCAAGGUGGAAAAUAUUCGACUACCGAUAGAAGCUGUGGACACUCAUCGGCCGAAACCAAAGAUCCCAGGAUAUCUAGAAGAACGAUUCAGAGGAAAGGGGAAUGUACUAUGCACGUGAUAACAACAAGCUUUUGUGUAAGCACGGCGCAGCUAAUUCCUAUCUAUCUAUGUUGAUAUACCGGAAUGCUGAAGCAAAGCAUAGAUUCCGGCAGCUGGCUGCCACCUACCCCUCCGCGUACGUCGAAUCAGCGUGCACAUCCGAAUCCUUUCUUCCUAUGUGUCAGACAACCUAGAAAAAUGUGUAGCCACAGAUGGAAGAUUCUGUGUGACAAUGCAAGUUCUGCAGAAAAAGAAAGAGAGAGAGAGUAUGCGUGUAUUUUGUGAUUUUUAUAUUUUUUGAUUGGCGCGUGUUUAGGUAAGUAGCAAGAAUAUGUAAUGUGAUAUCGAGAUGAUGAAGAGUUUAAAUAAUUAUACGCCUGCAUCUCUCUCAAGUGAUAUUAGUUCAGAUAUUGAAUUUUUUCUGAACUGUUAUUAUUAGCGUACGACAAGCGUAACUGGUACGCAUACUUUGAUCUUGCUUUGAAAUAUUUGCCUCUUACUAAAAUCGUAUUCAUGAGACAAUAUACAUGAGUGUGUAUGUAUAGGCAUACAUGAAUAUGAUUCCAAGCAUGGUAUAUUAUUUUCGCUCCCGGUAAAUAUUUCAAAACACUUGUUCGCGAAUUUAAAGCUGAAAACAAAUAUGCUUUUAUAUAUGUAUAUAUCGUUUGAAACAUUAUUUCUUUGGAAUUAUUUUUGGAUCAGUCGAAUAAUAUAUAGAAGAGCGAUUCGAGCCAAAUAUUGUAAAACUGUGACGUUGAUAAUAAUACUCGACUAUUAUGUAAAAAAUAAAAACUCAAAAUAUAGUACAAUACAUUAUAGAUUGUGCGAUAUAAUACACUUCCAAAUAUUGGAUACGUACAAUUCUCAAUUAAUUUUAUCUAAUAUAUAUCUAUAUACGUCGCAAUCUCUCGUAUAUUAAAUAGCUGAAUUAUCAACUUCGUUCACGCCGAUACUUAUGUAUCUCUCGAUCAAUGAAAAACUUAUAAUAAAUAAUACAGUUUUAUGAAUCA